AUGAGCAGAGAGAGUCUUGUCAAGGUAUCUCCACAUUUGGAGACAAAGGCUUUAUCUAUCUUGAAUGUGAAAAGCCCUCUAGAUUCCCCAGACUUUGACCCUACACAAUAUUUGAACAAACUCUUUCCUACCGAGCAAGCGCUUGCAUCCGUAGAUGGUGUAUUAGACAAACUUCAAGUCAAGAUAGAUGAGAUGAGUCAAGAAGCUGAACGACUGACAGAUACCCAAUUGAAUAAAGAUGCACUUGAGGGCAACAAAGAUUUAGAUAAAGCCAAAGAAGCCAUCAAAGAACUAUUUCAACAAAUCCAAGAUAUCAAAUCCAAAGCAGCACAAUCCGAGUCGAUGGUGCAAGAAAUCACACAAGAUGUAAAAUCGCUUGAUUAUGCAAAACGGCAUUUGACACACUCAGUGACAGUACUCAAACGGCUUCAAAUGUUGGUUACAGCCGUAGAUCAGUUGGAGACCAUGUCAAAAAACAAACAGUACAAGGAAAGCGCCCAAUUGCUGCAGGCAGUAAUUCAGUUAAUGCAACAUUUCAAGUCGUAUAAGAGUGUGCCUCAAAUCGCACAGUUAUCAGAUCGUAUCACAGCCCUGAAGAAGCAUCUAGAGACAUGUGUGAUUCGAGAAUUGGAGACUGGAUUCAAUCAAGGAGGACAGUUGGUGGGACAGCCAUGGCUACUGCAUGAUGCUUGUUUGGUAGCCGAUGUUUUGGGAGAGACAACAAAAGAGAGGAUUACCAAGCGAUACGUAGAUUUGGAGCUGGUGAAUUAUCGACAGAUAUUCAGGCCCAUGGAAGAAGUUUCUCAACUGGACAACGUGUCUCGCCGAUAUGCCUUUCUGAAGCGAAUCUUGAAGGUGUGUGAUGAUGAACAUGCAGAAAUAUUCCCUACCAGCUGGACAGUGAGUGCCAGAGUUUGUGAAAAAUUCUGUGAAUACACAAAAUCUGAUUUGGAUUUGGUCAUAAAGAACAAUCCUUGCGAUGUGAAGGAUCUACUAAAGGCAUUACAAUUGACAAUCGAAUUUGAAGGGCAACUCAACAAGAGAUAUGAAAAGCAUUUCAAGGAUGAAGACAAAAAAGAGCACAUGUUCAACUUUGAAAAGUCCAUAUCAGCAGCAUUUCAACCUUACUUGUACAUUUACAUCAAUGCUGAGGAUGCCACCAUCUCAUCUAUGAUUGACUCAUACGCACAAUCCGACAUGAAAGCAGACCAAGAGGACGAUGGUACGAUGGCUGUGCUUCCAUCCAGCACAGAUUUAUUUUAUUUCUACCGAGAGACACUUGUCCAAUGCUCCAGAUUCUCUACGGGAAAAGCACUGUUUGAUCUCUGUCAGCUCUUUGCCAAGCACCUCGACUCGUACUGCAACCAAAUCAUUUUGGGCGGAUUAGCAAAGAACGAAAAGAAGGCAGUGACCAUUGACCAUUUCCGAUUUGCCAGCUUAGCCUUGAACACGGCUGAUUACUGUUGCAUGACCACAUCGCAAUUGGAGGAGAAACUUAAGGAAAAAGUAGAUGCGGAUUACCAGGACAAGGUGGACUUACAAGGCGUCAAGGACAACUUUAUGCGAGCAAUCUCUACUUGCAUUGACGCCAUAGUCAAAAACCUGGAGGCAGCGUUUGAUGCACAAAUGGUGCAAAUGACACGCUUGUCGUGGGGCACUAUGGAUUCGGUGGGUGAUCAGUCUGAUUAUGUGAGUCAAAUGCUGGAUAUUAUCAAGAGAAAUGUCACUGUUUGUGGAAGAAUCAUUGCCAACAGACGCUACUUUAGAACACUCAGUGAUCGAUUUGCAGAGAUCUUUAUAACAAAGUACUUAGCGCAGAUAUUCAGAUGCAAACCUAUCUCAGAGAUUGGAGCUGAGCAGCUGCUGCUGGAUACACAUUCGAUCAAAACUCUCCUUAUGGAUAUUCCAUCCAUGGGACUAUCAGAUGGCCCAGUAUCCGUACCUACAUCAUAUAGCAGAAUUGUGAAUAAGGGCAUAUCCAAAGUAGAAGCCAUUCUCAAAACUGUCUUGUCGCCCACUGAACCACUCGAAGCCUACGUUGAAAACUACCUCCUUCUCGUGAGCGAUAAGAGUAUAGUCAACUUUACCAAACUAUUGGAACUGAAGGGUAUUCGCAAGCCAGAGCAGAAUCCUCUGAUAGACAUGUUCAACAGAAGAAUACCGCACCAUGACAACCUGGCAGAGAAUUCCAAUAUUUUGCCUCUCGAAGUGCUACAACAAACAGCGAGUGGAUCUUCGCUUGGGGGAGGAAGUGGGAGCGCAGGAGGAGGAGGAGCCAUCCCAAGCUCUAUUACCACGUCAUUAUCGACAAUAGCAUCUACAGCUGCUUCUAAUUUCAAUCAUACCAGUUCGCCUUUCCGAACAACUGCCAAUUCACCUAAUAGUGCCACUUCACCGACCUCCCUUGCUUCUCCUGCGACAGAAGGUACACGCGGUAGACUGAAUGAAAACUUUAGAAAACUUGUCAUGACAGGCAUGGCAUUUCGUAAAGACUUGCAAGAAAGAAGGGAUCAUCAGUCAUCGUCAUAA